CUCAUUAUUAUUAAGGUUUUAUCUCUCUCUCUCUAUAUUUCUCUCUCACUAUAUCUAUACAUCUGUGUCACAUAUAGACAGAGUGUUGUAUUCCAGUGUGUGUGUGUGUUUUCUUCAGCCAUGGCAAUCGCAGCAGCACUUGUCAUCGUUCCUAUUGGCGUCCUCUUCUUCCUCUCUGGUCUCAUCGUUAAUCUCAUUCAGGCGAUUAUAUUUGUAACAGUACGGCCGUUUUCGAAAAGUUUGUUUAGAAGGAUGAACAGAUUGGUUGCUGAACUGUUGUGGCUUGAACUUGUUUGGAUCGUUGAUUGGUGGGCUGGUGUUAAGGUCCGCCUAUACACAGAUGACGAGACUUUAAAUAUGAUGGGUAAGGAACAUGCUCUUGUCAUUGCGAACCAUAAAAGUGAUAUUGAUUGGCUCAUUGGAUGGGUGUUUGCUCAGAGAUCAGGGUGUCUUGGUAGUUGCUUGGCUGUCAUGAAGAAAUCGUCAAAAUUUCUUCCUGUAAUUGGUUGGUCAAUGUGGUUUUCUGAGUAUCUUUUUCUUGAGAGAAGUUGGGCUAAAGAUGAAAGUACUUUAAAGUCAGGUCUUCAACGCUUAAGAGACUACCCUCAGCCCUUUUGGUUGGCCCUUUUUGUGGAGGGGACUCGGUUUACUAAAGCAAAACUUUUAGCAGCUCAAGAAUAUGCAUCCUCCAUGGGGCUGCCUGUUCCUAGAAAUGUUUUAAUUCCACGAACAAAGGGGUUUGUUACUUCAGUGAGUGAGAUGAGAUCUUUUGCUCCUGCAAUUAUCGAUAUGACAGUUGCUAUUCCUAAAGAUUCAACCCCACCAACAAUGCUGAGGCUCUUUAAAGGGCAGUCUUCUGUGAUUGAUGUCAGAGUAAAGCGCCAUUUGAUGAAGGAUCUGCCAGAAACCGAUGAAGCUGUUGCACAAUGGUGUAAAGAUAUUUUUGUUGUCAAGGAUGAUCUAUUAGACAAGCAUAAAGAAGCAGACGGCUUUACAGAUUUAGAGCUCCGUGACAUUGGCCGACCAUUGAAGUCUCUUGUGGUGGUCGUUUCUUGGGCUUGCCUGCUUGUAUUUGGUGCCUUCAAGUUCUUGCAAUGGUCUAAUCUUCUAUCUUCAUGGAAGGGACUCACAUUCACUGCAAUUGGGUUGGCUGUUGUUACUAUUUCAAUGCAGAUCUUGAUUCAAUUCUCUCAAGCAGAACGUUCUACACCUGCAAAGGUGGCCCCCACACGAUCUACCAAUGGUGUUGAGCAAGAGAAAACACAUUGAGUUCAACUUGUUCUUGAAUAGUACUUAAAUGGAUUGACAACCUUUUUAAUUUCAUAUAGCCCUUCCUCUUCAUUCAUGAACAGAUGUGUGUAGUAAAGAACAGAAUGGCCUCUGUAUUGUCAAAUCUAUCUUGUUAAUUAUUAGCAUCGAUUUAAUUA